AUGCAAAACUCUAACGGAAAACUACCCCUCCAAGACAUCAAGGUGAUCGACUUCAGCCAGAUUCUCGCAGGUCCAUUCUGCACAAUGCUGCUAGCAGACAUGGGCGCUGAUGUCAUCAAGAUUGAGAAGCCCAACGGCGGCGAUGACACUCGUCGAUACGGGCCGCCCUUCAUUGAAGGCGAAUCAGCGGCUUUCCUGACGCUGAACCGCAACAAGCGCAGCAUCGUCCUUGACCUCAAGAGCGAGCAGGGCCUCGCCAUAGUGCGCCACAUGCUCGAAGACGCCGAUGUCAUGAUUCACAACUUCCGCCCCGGUGUCGUGGAUCGCAUGGGCCUUGCCUUCGAAGAUGUGAGCGCGCUCAAUCCUGCCAUCGUCUAUUGCACCGUAUCGGGCUUCGGCACGACAGGCCCGUACAGCAGUCGCGCCGGAUUCGACCUCGUAGCUCAGGGCAUGAGCGGCCUGAUGAGCAUCAACGGCUUCCCCGACUCCCCGCCCGCGAAGGUAGGCGUACCCAUGGCAGACCUCAACACUGGCAUGUUCUGCGCCUACGGCAUCCUCACCGCAUACAUUAACCGCCUAGUAACGGGGAAGGGACAGCAUGUGGACGCCUCUCUAAUAGAGUCCGGCAUCGCAUACACCCUCUACGAAUCCGCAACCUACUUCGCCACCGGCGAGGUGGCGGGCCCGCUCGGUUCGGCGCACCGCAUGAUUGCGCCUUAUCAGGCGUUCGCCACUCAGGACGGCUACAUCAACAUCGGCGCGGCGAACCAGAACAACUGGGAGCGCAUGUGCCGCGCGGUGGGCCGCGAAGACCUGCUUGACGACGAGCGCUUCGCCUCCAACCCUGAGCGCAUGGUUAGCAUUGACGCCCUCACGCCCAUCAUGGAAGAGACAUUCCGCACGCAGACCACCGACCACUGGGUGAAGACUCUGGAGAAAGCAGGAGUUCCGUGCGGCCCGAUCUACAACAUGAAGCAGGUCUAUGCCGACCCGCAUGUGCAGUCCCGCGAAAUGGCAGUGCCACUCGAACAUCCUAAGGCCGGCAGCAUCCGCAACAUCGGCGUCCCCGUGAAGCUCUCCGAUACGCCCGGCUCCGUGCGAACCCCUGCGCCCCUGCUAGGCCAGCACUCCGACGAAGUGCUCACCGAAUUUGGCUACGAAGACACCGACGUCACCGCAUUCAAAGACGCCGGAGUGCUCGGCUGA